AUGUCGACCUUGCGAAUCCUCGUCGUUGGUGUGGCAAUUGCAUUCUUGAGCGCGGCCCUGCUUGAGCGAUGGCUUCGCGCGCACCCCGAUCCGCAAGCACCGCCUGUAUUGUACCCCAGGAUUCCCUUCAUAGGGCACAUCAUUGGCCUCUUGACAGAGGGCGCGAACUAUUAUAAGAUUACUAGUGCGCGCUGCAGACACCCCAUCUAUACGCUGCCCAUGCUCUCCUCGCAAACCUACGUCGUCACCAGCCCCCACUUGGCCAAUUACAUUCAACGAGCAUCUUCGACCCUCCUCUUCGAACCCAUUAUUCUCCCCGUAACGCAGCGCUUGGUUGGGUUUUCUAAUGCGACGGUCGAAGCGUUCCGCGAUUAUGAGGCGAAGAAAGCAAAACAACCAAGCUUCAUGGACCGCAUGCACAACACCCUGUACAGCUUGAUGGGUCCGGCAGAAAUAAAGUAUCAAGGCAGCAUCGUCUUGGAACAGAUAAGUCAGCGGCUCAAUGCGCUGCCAGACUGCGAUAGACCGUUGUUUGAGUGGUGUCGCGAACUGUUCGUGGAAGUUACCACGUACGCGUUUUACGGUCCAGAAAACCCUUUUGAGCUAUACCCAGGCUUGGUGAAGGAUUACUGGGUGUGGGAAGAUGGAUUGAUUGGCGUGAUGGCCUCUCCCCUGCCGCAAGUGACGGCCCGAAAGGCAUAUCUCGCUCGCGAGAAAGUAGCCAAGACCAUGAUCGAAUACGUAGAGAAGGAGCGACAUAUAAAAGCCAGUCCGGUCAUACAGGAACGCAUCCGCAUGCACAAAGCGCUCGGCGUCUCGCUUGAAGACCGCGGUCGAUCAGAGUUUGGCAUGCUGUUCGGCACGCUCGUAAACGGCAGCAUUACGGUAUUCUGGGUCCUGAACUACAUCUUUUCGCGACCGCAGCUCAUGGAAGAAUUGCGUGCUGAGAUCCAGAAGGGCGCCUUCUCUGUAGAUCACUCGACGAACACGGCCAAGAUCUCGUUCGAAGGCUUGCGGGAUGGGUGCCCACUCUUGAAUUCUGUCUUUCGGGAGACGCUCCGCCUCAUCGCCCCAAUGACCUCUGCUCGCUUUGUCACCGAGGACACAAUCGUGGCGGAUACGUACAAGCUGCGUGCCCAAUCUGUAGUCCAGAUCGCUGGAGGUGUUCUCCACAGCGACGAGGAAGUGUGGGGUCCCGAUUCGCGAGAGUUCAACCCCCAACGCUUCAUCUCCACGCCCAACGGCACUAAAACAAGCUCAACGGACGCAGAAAAGCGUAGUGUGCACCCAGCGGCAUUUCGUGGCUUUGGCGGUGGUACUGUCUUCUGUCCUGGCCGACAUUUUGCGCAAAUCGAGAUCUUGUCACUUGUCGCGGGCCUACUCAUGGGAUGGGAUUUCGAAACUCCGAAAGGUAAAGAGUCGAUCGAAUGGGAUCCGCCGAAGGAUGAGAAGCGAAUACCGAUCGGGGUGAUGAAGCCUCUAAGGGAUGUGGUCGUAUCCAUGAAGAGACGUGAAGAGAUGCGCGGCUUGAAAUGGGCGCUACAAAUGAGCUAA